AUGGCAAACCAUACAAGAGUGACAGUGUUUGUGCUGGCAGGCUUGACUGAUGAUCCACUAUGGAAAGUUGUAUUAUUUAUUUUCUUGCUUCUAACUUACUUGUUAAGCAUCACUGGUAAUCUGACCAUUAUCACACUCACCCUGCUGGAUACCCAACUCAAGACUCCUAUGUACUUUUUCCUUCGAAAUUUUUCCUUUCUAGAAAUUUCCUAUACUACUACAUGUAUUCCCAAGCUGCUAGUUAUCAUGGCAACUGGAGACAAAACGAUUUCCUAUGAUUGUUGUGUCACUCAAGUAUUUUUUGCCUUCCUUCUUGGAGCAUCUGAAUUUUACUUGCUAGCAGCUAUGUCAUAUGACCGAUAUGUGGCCAUCUGUAAACCUCUACAUUAUACAACCAUCAUGAACAGCAAAAUCUGCAUACAGCUUGUCCUCAGCUGUUGGGUUGCUGGGUUCUUUACCAUCUUUGUUCCACUUCUCUUAGGUCUAAACCUUGAUUUCUGUGCCUCUAAUAUUGUUGAUCAUUUCUACUGUGAUACUACGCCCCUCCUGCAGAUUGCCUGCUCAGACACACAUGUCCUUGAGAUGUUGGGUUUCAUCUCAGCCUCACUGACACUCUUGGUCACAAUAAUAAUGGUGAUUAUUUCAUACACUUACAUUGUUCUGACAAUUCUCAAAAUACCUUCAACUAGUCAGAGAAAAAAGGCGUUUUCUACAUGUUCUUCUCACAUAAUUGUAAUCUCUCUUUCUUAUGGCAGUUGCAUCUUCAUGUAUGUUAAACCGUCAGUCAAACAAAGAAUAUCAUUUUAUAAAGGAAUUGCAUUACUCAAUACCUCAAUUGCACCACUUUUGAAUCCUUUCAUCUACAGUUUAAGAAACCAACAAGUAAAAAAAGCCUUUAUUAACAUGGUACAUAGAAUUGUUUCCUUUUCAAAGAAAUGA